GUGCACUACAAUGUUGGCAAAAACCUGGCUGACAAAGGAAAUCAAAGUGCUGCUAUCAAAUACUACAGAGAAGCUGUAAGGUUGAAUCCUAAAUACGUACAUGCCAUGAACAACCUUGGAAAUAUUCUGAAAGAAAGAAAUGAGCUCCAAGAAGCAGAGGAGUUGCUGUCCUUAGCUGUACAAAUACAACCUGAUUUUGCUGCUGCAUGGAUGAAUCUAGGAAUAGUACAGAAUAGUUUAAGAAGGUUUGAAGAGGCAGAGCAAAGCUACUGGACAGCAAUUAAACACAGGAAAAAAUACCCAGAUUGUUACUACAAUCUAGGGCGGUUGUAUGCAGAUCUGAAUCGCCAUAUAGAUGCAUUGAAUGCAUGGAGGAAUGCUACAGUUCUGAAACCAGAGCACAGUUUGGCUUGGAACAAUAUGAUUAUAUUGCUUGAUAAUACAGGCAAUCUAGCUCAAGCAGAAGCAGUUGGAAGAGAGGCCCUGGAGUUAAUACCUAAUGAUCAUUCCCUUAUGUUUUCGUUGGCAAAUGUACUGGGGAAAUCGCAAAAAUAUAAGGAAUCUGAAGCUUUGUUCCUCAAGGCAAUUAAAGCCAAUCCAAAUGCUGCCAGUUAUCAUGGUAAUUUGGCUGUGCUUUAUCAUCGCUGGGGGAAUCUUGACUUAGCAAAGAAGCACUAUGAAGUCUCUCUGAAGCUUGAUCCUAUGGCACCGGGGACCAAGGAAAACUACAACCUCUUAAGAAGAAAACUGGAGCAAUUGCAAAAGAAAGGCGGUGCCUGA